AAAUUGAUAGCUCCGCCCGAGCAACACGUUACGAGGACUUCCGAGUCACGACGUCGUUUAGCAACUCCACAUCGCAAUCAUCGCCCCCGCGACGCGUCUCUAUUCACCUUUAACCAUACCAUACCAUACGCGAACAAAGAACGCCACUCCUUCACUCCAAUCCUCAGCUCCGAUGCCAAUUUCCCCCCACCGCUCCACAAUGGGCAAAACCCCCAUCCUCAUCCUCAUCCUCAUCCUCAUCCUCCUGCUGAUUUCCCCCUCCACCGCCGAGAUCAAAACCCUAACGAUCACCUCCGACAACCGGCCCAUGAUCCUGCUUGAGAAAUUCGGGUUCACGCACACGGGGCACGUGUCGAUCUCCGUGUCGUCGGUGUCCGUGGUGGCCGGCACAGGGUCCCAACCAGAUCCCUCCCGUCUGGGAUUCUUCCUCCUGAGCGAGGAGUCCCUGCUCCAAGUCCUGAUCGAGAUGCAGCAAAACCCUAACUUCUGCGUCCUUGACUCCCACUACACCAACCACCUCUUCACCUUCCGCGACCUCUCCCCUCCUCCCGCGGCCUCCGCCAACAACACCUACCCCGUCACGCUCCCCAACGAGUACAGCCUCUUCUUCGCCAACUGCGCCCCGGAAACCACCGUCUCCAUGUCCCUCCGCACCGAGCUCUUCAACCUCAACCCCUCCGACUCCUCCCGCGACUACCUCUCCGCCGGCCAGACCAACCUCCCCACCCUCUUCUUCCUCUUCUCCCUCCUCUACUUGGCCUUCCUCGCCCUCUGGCUCCGCCUCUGCCUCCUCAACCGCCGCUCCCUCCACCGCAUCCACCUCCUCAUGGCCGCCCUCCUCCUCAUGAAGGCCCUCAACCUCCUCUGCGCCGCCGAGGACAAACACCUCAUCAAAACCACCGGCACCCCCCACGGCUGGGACGUCCUCUUCUACAUCUUCCAGUUCAUCCGCGUCGUCCUCCUCUUCACCGUCAUCGUCCUCGUCGGCACCGGCUGGUCCUUCCUCAAACCCUUCCUCCAAGACCGCGAGAAGAAGGUCCUCAUGAUCGUCAUCCCCUUGCAAGUCCUCGCCAACGUCGCCUCCGUCGUCAUCGGCGAAACCGGCCCCUUCAUCAAGGACUGGGUCACCUGGAACCAGGUCUUCCUCCUCGUCGACAUCAUCUGCUGCUGCGCCAUCAUUUUCCCCAUCGUCUGGUCCAUUAGAUCGCUCAGGGAAACCUCCAAAACCGACGGCAAAGCCGCCAGAAACUUGGCCAAGUUAACCCUCUUUAGGCAAUUCUACAUUGUUGUCAUUGGCUACUUGUACUUCACACGCAUUGUUGUCUUUGCGUUGAAGACCAUUGCUGCUUAUAAGUACCAGUGGGUGAGUAAUUUCGCCGAGGAGGCGGCUAGUCUCGCGUUCUACAUUGUCAUGUUCUAUAUGUUUAGGCCGGUCGAGAGGAAUGAGUACUUUGCGCUCGAUGACGAGGAAGAAGAGGCGGCAGAGAUUGCGCUCAGGGAUGAAGAAUUUGAGCUUUGAAACAAUGAUACGAUUCCCAUAUCAGUGCAAUAUGGUUUCAUUCGCGGAUUGACUUGAGAGAAAUGAUAUUUGGAGCAAGUAAAGCAUGCAAUAGGACAGAGUGCUGCCUGGCUCCACUUUCCUUUUACUCAAAGGGUUCCUCGAAGAACUAAGCUUGAUGGAUGGGCAAGUGGGGGUUUUUGUGGUUAACUAAUACCGCCUAACUAUUUUUAUAAACGUAUGUAUGUUUGUUUUAUUUGCUCCUGGUUUUUACUUCAUUUUUUGUGAAAGAUCUGCUAGAAAAGCUGUUGUUUUAGUGUUUGAAAUAUAAAUUGUGCAGUUAUAUAAAAUGGAUAUAGUUUAUGAAGAGUUCCCUCUUGAAACCUCAAUUUAGAAAGUCACUUUAUAUUUGUUCA